AUGUUCUCUUCGAAAAAGCCGUAUACGGCAGUCACCGUCACAGUCGAGCGACUGACGAGUGAGGCCAUCCCGGAGAAUGAUCUCAGCGGCAUCCCCGACCUUGUCGAGGUUGUGAAUCUUCAGGAUUCUGGCCCUGUUGAAGCUGCUCGCGCCAUUAGGAAGAAGCUCAAAUACGGAAACCUACAUCGUCAGCUCCGCGCUCUGACCCUUCUCGAUGGGCUCAUCCAAAACGCUGGUCCUCGCUUCCAGCGGACCUUUGCUGAUGAGCCGCUGCUUGAACGCCUGCGCUUCUGUGCUACCGCAGAUCUUUCUGACCCAGAUGUCAAAAAGAAGUGCGCGGUUCUCUUCCGCAGCUGGGCUGCCGAGUAUAAAAGCACUCGAGGAAUGGAGCGCGUCGCGAGUCUCUACAAGGAACUCCCUCGUCGCAAACAUGCCGUCACCCAAGAGAGGUCGAAGGUUCUUAAGGAGACUGCAAACCCCUUCGGCGAUGAUGAAGACGAAGAGGAGAGAAACCCUGCAGGCCCUUCUCAGCCCUCGCCCGCUCAGCCCUCGCCCGCAUCGCGUAGAACGGCAUCAGUUUCAGGGGCACCGUUUUUCGGGCCGCAGGUGACUGGGCAGGUCGAGUCUUUUAGCCACGUCGGUAAGGAUAAGAAGAAGAAAGAAAAGGACAAGAAGAACAAGAAGCACAAGCCUUUCAACCUUGAGGCCGAGAAGGAGCAGAUGAAAGCUCACAUCGCCGAGGCCUCUAUUGCGGCUACGAACUUGACGAAUACUCUUCAGACAAUCAACCGCGAGAAGGAGCGCAUCUCCGAGAACCAACUCGCGCUGGAGCGGUUUGAGACUUGCAAGCAGCUAAGAAGGAAGAUCCUGCGAUAUAUCCAUCAUGUGGACUCGGAGCAAUGGCUCGGGGGGCUCCUGCACGCAAAUGACGAACUUGUCACUGCUCUCAUGACAUUCGAGCAGCUAGAUCGGUCUAUCGAUGCCGACAGCGACUCGGACGAUGAUGUCGCUGAGCAAGCUCACCUUUACCGCAGUAUGAACUCACUGUUCCUCUCUUUUAUUCUUCUUCGGAGCCGGAGCGCUGACCGCCUGAUAGUGGCAACUGAGAAAGCCAAAGGAAAAGAGCCCAAUUCACCAACCAGCCCAAGAUCCCCGAUCCCAGGCAUGGUUAGUCUGAGUCUCAGUACCAGUCCACCGCCGCACCCGCCGCGACCCGUACCGCCGCCCCGCCCUUCGGCUAUGACAAAGCCGUCGAUGUCGUCGCCACGACAAGUUCGACAACAGGUGGAGUCUGAAGACGAAGAUGACUUUGACGAGGAAGACGAGAACGACCCAUUCGCUGACCGAAAUGCCCUCGCGACCCCUAAGGUGGAUCGCGAAGAGCCAAAGUGGUGA